GAAUCCAAGGGCAUAUCUAGUUUGGAAACCGAUGCCAGAAAUGCUUAAGCAUGGCCGCGAGGGAAGGUAAGCCCGCCUUUAUUUCUAUCUCUUCGUCUGAAGAAGAAGACGACGACGGACCAGAGAGCGACGACUAUGAUUACGACGAGAAUCACGAGGACGACGACGAUGAUCAAAUGGAGGAAGAGGUCGAUGACGAGUCUCUCUCCAACAAAGUCAUACGUUUCCUCAAAGCAGAAGGGAGUGAUUUAGAUUCUUUGAAUCUCAAAGAAUGCAAAGCCUAUUUGCGAAAGCACGGUCUUAGAAUUUCAGGAACCAAAUUGAUUUGCAUACAAAGAAUUCAAGAGCACCAUAGAUUAAAAGAUGGAAAUGGUGAAGCAUUGUAUCCCAGAUCAUCUUUUGUAAUUAACUGUACAGGUGACGUCUGUAAGGGAGAUGUCGUCCUCUUCACUCAGAAAGUUCAUCAGAAGUUUGAUAAGAUGACAAGGCAUGGAAAGGUUCUUGGGAAGAGAGUUGUUGCCGGUAGGGUUGUUAAAGAAAGCUAUGGUGCGGCUAAACAACAGCAUACUUUUACGGUUGAAGUGUUAUGGAGUAGGGGAAUACAGGAGCUGUGUCCACUAUUUCCUCUGCUUGUGAAGGGUCGCAAUCUCUACAAAAUGAAAACUUUUAGACAGCGUUGGAGUAAUGAAGCUGAAAGAUCCACAGUGCUAGCUGAGAAGCACAGACGAGGUGGAGCAGCAAGACUUGUGAGAGCGAUGAAAAAAUCAAAGAAAUCGACUGCCAAUGGAGGUAUGAAGUGUCACAACCAAUCCCAAUUUUCUAAACCAAACAACAAGCGAAAGACUACAGAAUCAGAAAGGGGGAAGCACGCAAGAUCUGCAAGAGCAGCACCUUCAGAACAGAUGAGUUUCCAACAAAAUGCAAGGAGUAAAACCUCUCAACGUUCUAGUAAGCGCCAUAAAGCAGAUCACCCUAAUAUAGAUAGAGUUCCAACUCUCCGGUCACAGUCUAAUCCUCGAAUUUGUCAUCCAUCUCAAAUAGAAUCUCAACACAGGAAUGCUCCUUUCCCAUAUGCUAGUCAUCCCAUAGGCUCCACUUCAACCGUGUUGAGAUAUCCUACAACAACUGAUGCUACUACCAGCUUCACUGACAGAAAUUAUAGCCACUAUGGCUACAUAGAUCCUGUCUAUAAUCGGGAGUUGAACAACCGGAAUCAAUUAUCAGGAUCGGAUGCUGGCAGGCCAUUUCAUCUCUAUAUGUCAGCAGCUGGGAACUAUGGACAUAGGGGGUAUAGAGAUCUUUCUUUUCUAAUUUAGGAUUGCACAACUAGAGCUCUGCAUUCUGACUUAUUUUCAAUAAUUGAUAUUAUUCAGGAGAGGGCAAAGAUGACUUAUGCACCCGUUGCAUUUUCAAUUUGAUGUAUUAAGUUUCGAUUCCAUUUUCCUUUGACACGGAAAGCCUCUCCUUCACUAAAAUUUUUCAGGUAAAAAAAAGAUCACUCUGGUGUUUCCCCUUUCUUCCAUUCUUUGAAAAUCAUGUCUUGUUGGCAAUGACAUCUGCUGUUUAAUACGCUUAAGUCAUUCAUCCCUGUGUCUUCUGCUUCAUUUCAUGUUGUGGGUUCUUGAACUCCAACAUUCUGAAGGUGACUUAUAAAUGAAGAACUAAAGUUUGUUGUUUGAAAACCAUCAAAAGAUGAGACAGUUGAUCUAUGCUAUGCUUCUUGUAUAUGACAUGAUAAGGAUGAAAUCAACACCUUUGACUUUUGGGUCAUACUCACAUUGGACAUAUAAGUUGAUUUUUUUUUUUUUUUCUUUUCUGUUUUUCUUGUUUUCCUAGUGGGUUAACUAAACUGGUACAGUUGUGAGGAUUAGCUAAUAUUGCGGUUGCUUUAGUUAUUUGGCAUUUCUCUGGAGAUAGUUGCAUGAAUAUAUUAAUACACUGCAAUCAUGAUUUGCUGAAUAUGAAGAAACAGGUGACAACAGUGAGAGGGUUCUUUGACUAUGGAGAGAAACAUGUUAAUAUUGCUGAUGUGCUGGUCCCAUGGGUCAUGAAGGGUGAUCAUUGAAACUAAACACCAGCUAGAGUUUGAUGUGCCGCAGACUUGCUUAAUGGUUUAGGUAUUAGUUGGGUUUGAGAAUUGUAGCAUUCUUAUGUUUUAGCCUCACAUUGCAGGUACCUAACUCCAACAUAAAUGCUUUUCAAGCUUUUCGACUAGUUAGGUUUCUUUUGCCCCGUUUCCAAAGCGAUUGUAUGUGAAUGUAACAAUCUCCUUGGUUUCAGCUGUUUUCUUAAUUUUUGUCAA